ACCUCAGCCAUCGUUUUGACAGCAACAUUACAAAACUUUGUAGUUUUUAUUAAAAAUGCAGUGAAAAAAGCUUUCAAAAUAUCUCAAAUAACUGCACAAUGGCUACUCAGAAGCCUGGAGAAUGGGCGACUGGUCUGCUCGCAAGAUUUGAGGAUCAGCUGCCAAACAAAAUCGGUGCCUAUGGAACGCAGGCGCGCAUGAGCCAGGACCAGUUGGUGGCAUGUCUCAUACACAUCUCGCGCUACCGCUUCUCGCUGGUAAUUUCCGGCUUGACCAAGAUGUUGCAGCGGGUCAACGAGGCGGCACUACAAAAUCGACAUGAGCCAGAACGAUGUUAUUUCGAAUCACUGGUCAUUAUAUUGACCACCUUGGAACGAUGUCUAACCAACCAAACCAAGGAUACAGCACGUUUCGAGGAGGCGAUGAAUGUCAAAUUGUUGCUUCGCGAAAUUUCACAAUUUGUGGACGUGCAAAGCGACAACAAUCCAAAUGCUGCUCAAUUGAAAGCUCUUGCCUCGAAAGUGCUCUUUGCAUUAUCUCAGAAUCACUUCUCCGCCGUAUUCAAUCGAAUCUCAGCACGCAUACAGGAGUUGACAUCGUGCUCCGAGGAGAACCCCGACUACAACGACAUUGAAUUAAUACAGCACAUUGAUAUGGACAUGAUCAAGCUAACCAAGUUGUUGCAGGAAACUAUUACUAAAUUUCGCUCAAAGCGCGCACCGCCGCUAAUUUUACUUUACUCGUUGGAGAAAGCCAUUUGGAACUGGAUCGAAUAUCAUCCACAAGAGUUUCAGGACUUGCAGCGUGGCACAAAUCGAGACAUAUCUACAUGCUGGGAACCCCUUCUGGACUUUGUGGAGUAUUUCAAAACCGAAAACAAGAAAAGCAAAACUUUAGUGUGGCCACUACAAAUGUUAUUGCUCAUACUGAAUCCCUCUAGUCUUGAGGCCACUGUCAACGAACUGCAGCAGUCUGAAAAGGAGAAAGAGAAAGAAAAAGUGCCAUCAAAGUCAGCAUCAUCGACAUCGCGUGACAAAGACUUUUCAGCCAGACAAUUCAUUGAGAGCAUUAAACGUGGACUAGGUCCACAUUCGCCCUCAAAACAAGUUACUGAAUCGUCAGCCAUAGCAUGUGUCAAGCUUUGCAAAGCAUCCACUUAUAUCAACAUCAAUGAUUCCAAUAAUGUGGUCUUCAAAUUGGUGCAAUACUUUAUAAAUGAUCUCAAGGCGCUGCUCUUUAAUCCCGUGAAGCCUUUCUCACGCGGACAAGGUUACAAUUUCGCCGAUAUCGAACUAAUGAUUGACUGCUGGGUAUCCUGUUUCCGCAUCAAUCCCCACAAUAUAGAAGCUCUCAAGGUUUGCCUUAAUCUCUCCUCACCGCAAGCCUACCAUUUUGUAAUUGUAUGUUCGCUGCUGCGAUUGGCACACAUUUACGUGGACUUCCGGCUACAGAACAAGAAUCCCUUUCGGAUUGUCAAUCAGCCGCGUCUUCCUUGGUGGCCACAGACCGAUGUAGUCCAUUAUCGUUCCGCUGAGCUGCGUGCUCUUUUUACGGAUACGCUCAACAAGGCAACGCAAGGCUACAUUGCUCACACGCCGCUACGAUACAUAACGUCACUAACGCUCAAGUCUAAGGACACACAGAAGGGUCUCACACGUGCCGAAGAGGGACCAGCUCACAAGAUGCUGUUGCUACUCCUUGUGCGCCUUAUACACGCCGAUCCCACUCUAUUAUUAAAUACGCAAGGAAAAGUCGCACAUGAAGUGCAGAGCUCCACACUAGAACUCAUUAAUGGUUUAGUCAGUCUGGUGCAUCAAACAACUUUACCUGAUGUCGCCCAAGAAGCCAUGGAGGCAUUGCUAGCGUUGCAUGCACCCGAAAAAAUAGAAGUUUGGAAUCCUGAGGCACCCAUAAAUACAUUUUGGGAUGUCAGCUCGCAGGUGCUGUUCUCCAUUUCGCAAAAGCUGAUACAACAUCAGAUCGCCAACUAUACGGACGUGCUCAAGUGGCUGCGUGAAAUACUUAUCUGCCGAAAUACGUUCCUGCAACGUCACAAGGACUAUGCCCAUGUUGGCAGCCAGAUUGCUAUUUGCAAGCAGGCGCACAUUAAAAUGGAAGUGGUCUUCUUCAUGUACCUAUGGAGCGUCGAUUUGGAUGCCGUGCUGACAUCACUGUCAUGCUUUGGUUUACUUUGCGAAGAAGCAGAGAUCUGCUGCAGCUCAGAUGAAUUGACCGUGGGUUUCAUAAUGCCCAAUUAUCACAUCUACCAGGAACUGGCACAGCUCUCUUCAUCUGCCACGGACACGCGCAUCUGCUUCUUCGACAAUAGUCAUGGCAAUGUGCUGAGUCGCCUAACAUUACAGAAGCGUAUCAUGACUCUCUUGCGUAAAAUCGAGCACUGUGUACACGGUGUUCAACCUGCCUGGGAAGAAACGUUUCGCAAUUGGGAGGUAUCCAGCAAGGUGCUUCAAACUUAUCCCAAGCUAAAGACAGAGGAUGCGCAGGCAGAAAUGUUCCAUCGAGGCAUGGGCAAGCGACGAGCCAGCCACCAAAGUUCUGAACACGAUCUGGAGGAGCAAAUCAACGAAUGGGCCAAUAUGACAUGGUUUCUUCUCGCACUUGGUGGUGUUUGCCUGCAGAAACGCAACAGCAAUCGACAGAUUUUAUUGCAGCAAUCGCAAAACAAUUCAUCAGUGGCAUCGCUGGCGCAAGCAUCGCUCUACUCAAGCUCAACCAGCUCUGGCCAUGGUUCUCUACAUCCCAGCACAGUGUCCUUGUCUACGAUACCACCAGCGCCUCCACAAGAUGUGAGCUAUUGCGCGGUAACACAAUUUAUUGGUCAGCUGUUGCGUCUGUUGGUGUGCAGCAAUGAGAAGUUGGGUCUCAACAUACAGAAAAACGUUAAGGAACUAGUGGGCGAAGAAAUGUCUACACAACUUUAUCCCAUACUCUUUGAUCAGGUCAGAGCCAUAGUGGAAAAGUUCUUCGACCAACAAGGCCAGGUCAAUGUAAAUGUAACGGAUAUAAAUACUCAAUUCAUCGAACAUACCAUUUAUAUAAUGAAAUCCAUACUGGAUCCCAAGGCGAGUAAGGAUCCGAACAAUGACCAGCCGUCGCCGUCGGAGCAUUUGGGAGUAACCAGUAUCGAAGGCAUGAUGUUGGGCAUUGUGCGCUAUGUGCGUCAUUUGGACAUGAAUGUCUAUGCCAUAAGAAUCAAGACAAAAUUAUGUCAACUCGUGGAGGUCAUGAUGAAGCGUCGAGAUGAUUUGGCCUUCCGCCAGGAGAUGAAAUUCCGCAACAAACUAGUUGAAUAUCUAACUGACUGGGUUAUGGGAACAUCGCACCAAAUAGCACCACCCAGCUCUGCAGAUGCCUCAAUACUGACUAAUACGUCGAUAAUAUUCCGUGAUCUGGAUCAGGCUUGCAUGGAGGCAGUGGCUGCUUUACUUCGUGGACUUCCAUUACAACCGGAGGAAUCGGAUCGUGGAGAUCUGAUGGAUGCCAAGAGCGCAUUGUUUUUGAAGUACUUUACGCUCUUUAUGAACCUACUUAACGAUUGUAUUGAUAGCUCUGAGGCAGAAAAAGAGCUGAAUAAUACACCUCUGUUGCCGCCACGACCACGGAUGGCAGCUGGUAAAUUGACAGCACUCAGAAAUGCUACCAUUCAAGCAAUGUCUAAUCUAUUGGGCGCCAACAUUGACUCUGGCCUAAUGCACUCCAUCGAUCUGGGCUAUAAUCCUGAUUUACAAACACGCGCCGCUUUCAUGGAAGUUCUCACACAAAUUCUGCAACAGGGCACAGAGUUUGACACGCUUGCUGAAACGGUGCUGGCGGAUCGAUUCGAGCAGCUGGUACAGCUCGUAACCAUGAUCAGUGACAAGGGUGAAUUGCCCAUUGCCAUGGCUUUGGCAAACGUAGUGACCACAGCGCAAAUGGAUGAACUCGCUCGUGUGUUAGUCACACUCUUUGAUGCUAAGCAUUUGCUCUCUCCGUUGCUAUGGAAUAUGUUCUAUCGCGAAGUUGAGGUUUCGGACUGUAUGCAGACGCUCUUCCGUGGCAAUUCCUUGGGCAGCAAAAUUAUGGCAUUCUGCUUUAAGAUCUAUGGUGCCAGCUAUCUGCAAAUGCUUCUGGAACCGCUCAUUCGACCACUGCUCGAUGAUCAAGAGGAGACCUGCUUUGAGGUAGAUCCAGCAAGACUAGAGCCCACAGAAGACAUUGAAGAACACCGCAACAAUUUGAUAGCACUUACACAGAAAGUGUUUGAUGCCAUUAUCAAUUCUUCAGAUCGCUUUCCGCCACAGUUGCGUUCCAUGUGCCAUUGCCUAUACCAGGUGCUUAGCAAACGAUUCCCCAAUCUGCUGCAGAACAAUAUCGGUGCCGUGGGCACAGUCAUCUUUCUACGCUUCAUCAAUCCGGCUAUAGUUUCGCCGCAAGAACUGGGUAUUGUUGGCAAACAGGUGCCCAGUUCGGCUAAGCGAGGAUUAAUGCUAAUGUCGAAGAUACUGCAGAACAUUGCUAACCACGUAGAGUUCUCCAAAGAACAGCACAUGCUUUGCUUUAAUGACUUUUUGAGAGAUCAUUUUGAGGCCGGUCGACGCUUCUUUAUACAAAUUGCUUCCGAUUGCGAGACCGUAGAUCAGACGUCGCACAGCAUGAGCUUUAUCUCUGAUGCAAAUGUGUUAGCUCUACAUCGUUUGCUGUGGACGCAUCAGGAAAAGAUUGGUGACUAUUUGUCCAGUAGUCGAGAUCACAAGGCCGUUGGUCGACGGCCUUUUGAUAAGAUGGCCACUCUGUUGGCGUACUUGGGUCCACCAGAGCACAAACCCGUUGACUCACACAUGAUGUUCAGCUCGUAUGCGCGUUGGAGCUCCAUUGAUAUGUCCUCGACCAACUUCGAAGAAAUUAUGGUCAAGCAUCAAAUGCACGAAAAGGAGGAAUUCAAGACACUCAAAUCCAUGAACAUAUUCUAUCAAGCAGGCACCAGCAAAUCAGGGUAUCCUGUUUUCUAUUACAUAGCCAGGCGAUAUAAAAUUGGCGAAACUAAUGGAGAUUUGUUGAUUUACCAUGUUAUUCUUACGCUUAAACCAUUCUGUCACUCGCCCUUCGAAGUGGUCAUCGACUUUACGCACACCUGCUCCGAUAAUCGCUUCCGCACAGAAUUCCUGCAGAAAUGGUUUUAUGUGCUACCCACCGUAGCCUAUGAUAAUGUGCAUGCGGUUUACAUUUACAAUUGCAAUUCGUGGGUACGCGAAUACACAAAGUUCCACGAUCGCAUACUGGCACCGCUCAAGGGUAAUCGAAAGCUUAUGUUCCUGGAGUCACCAAACAAGCUAAGCGAUUUUAUUGAUGCCGAGCAACAGAAGCUGCCAGGCGCCACGCUCUCACUGGACGAGGAUCUAAAGGUGUUUAGUAACGCUCUAAAACUUAGUCACAAAGACACGAAAGUAGCCAUCAAAGUGGGUCCCACAGCUCUACAGAUAACGUCCGCCGAAAAGACCAAAGUAUUAGCGCAUUCCGUGCUGCUCAAUGAUGUUUACUACGCCUCAGAAAUUGAGGAAGUUUGCUUGGUAGACGAUAACCAAUUCACUUUAUCCAUAACCAACGAAAGUGGCCAGCUGAGUUUCAUUCACAACGACUGUGACAACAUCGUACAGGCUAUAAUACACAUACGAAAUCGCUGGGAACUCAGCCAGCCUGACUCAGUUACAGUGCAUCAAAAAAUACGACCCAAAGAUGUGCCAGGCACACUUCUAAACAUGGCGCUUCUUAAUCUGGGCUCAUGUGAUCCCAAUCUGCGCACAGCAGCCUACAAUUUGCUAUGCGCUUUAACAGCCACAUUUGACCUUAAGAUUGAAGGACAGUUGUUGGAGACGCAAGGUCUAUGUAUACCCUCCAACAAUACUAUUUUCAUUAAGUCCGUGAGUGAGAAGUUGGCCACUAAUGAACCCCAUCUCACACUGGAGUUUCUGGAGGAGUCCAUACAAGGCUUCCAACGCAGCACCAUUGAGCUGAAACAUUUGUGCUUGGAGUAUAUGACGCCGUGGCUAAAGAACUUAACAAAAUUCUGUAAGUCCAAUGAUGAUGCCAAAAAACUAAAAGUCUCACAGAUUCUGGACAAACUCAUCUGUCUGACCAUCGAUCAAAAGGAAAUGUAUCCCUCAGUGCAGGCGAAAAUCUGGGGCUCCAUUGGCCAAAUACCAGAGCUCAUUGACAUGGUGCUGGAUAAUUUCCUGCACAAAUCGAUUACCUACGGCUUAGGAUCGCCUCAAGUAGAGAUUAUGGCCGAUACGGCUGUAGCACUAGCUUCUGCCAAUGUCCAAUUGGUAUCGAAGAAGGUCAUAACACGCAUGUGUCGUGUCAUGGACAAGUCAUGCACGAACCCCACGCAAUAUCUAGAACAGCACAUGAUGUGGGACGACAUUGCCAUACUAGGACGCUAUCUACUCAUGUUAUCGUUCAAUAACUGCUUGGACGUGGCCACCUCGGUGCCCUAUCUAUUCCACACUAUUACGUUUUUGGUCUGUUCUGGAUCGCUCUCUAUGCGGGCAUCAACACAUGGCUUGGUCAUCAAUAUUAUACACUCACUCUGCACAUGCACGAAUCCCUCGUUUGGCGAGGAAGCUCAACGUGUCCUGCGCCUAUCGCUAGAUGAAUUCUCGCUACCCAAAUUCUAUUUGCUCUUCGGCAUUAGCAAAGUCAAAUCCGCGGCUGUGACUGCCUUCCGCUCCAGCUGUCGCCAUCCAACAGACAAAUGGUUGGGCAAUGAACGUGUUACUCAGCCAUUGCCUGCAGAUCGUGAGCGACUCUCGUUGCCCUCACUGGAGGUUAUCACGGACGCACUGCUAGAAAUCAUGGAGGCCUGUAUGCGCGAUGUGCCCGACUGUGAAUGGCUGCACACUUGGACUUCGUUGGCACGCAGUUUCGCCUUCUGCUACAAUCCAGCGCUACAACCCCGAGCUCUCAUCGUCUAUGGUUGCAUCAGCAAGAGCGUGACAGAUCAUGAGGUUAAGCAACUGCUGCGUAUAUUGGUCAAGGCUCUGGAAUCCUUCAACGAUUUGAUUUUAAUUGAGGCUUUGGUUAUGUGCCUAACACGCAUUCAGCCGCUUUUGCGUCCGGAGUCGCCCAUACAUCGAGCUCUCUUCUGGGUGGCCAUCUCUGUGCUGCAGCUGGAUGAGAUAACGCUCUAUGGUGCUGGUCUAGCUUUGCUGGAACAGAAUCUGCAUACGCUUAAGUCGCAAGGUUGCUUUGAUAGAACGGAAACUAUAGCUGAGGUUAUGAUGAAAACACGCGAGAAGCUCGAGUGGCAUUUCAAGCAACUGGAUCAUGCUGUUGGUUUGUCUUUCCGCAGCAAUUUCCACUUUGCUCUUGUGGGACAUCUCAUUAAGGGUUUCCGACAUCCCACGCCAACCACUGUGUCCCGAACGUCCCGUGUACUCACCAUGCUGCUGGGCAUUAUCGCUAAGCCGCUGCAUCGUGACAAAUUUGAGGUGACGCCAGACAGUGUGGCCUAUCUAACAGCGCUCGUGGCAGUCUCCGAGGAGGUGCGCUCCCGCUGUCAUGUAAAGCAUGCGCUGCCACGCUGGCCUGCAGAUCUCAGCUGCAGCAGCAUGGACAACGGUGAAGUACCUAACGGCGUGUCGACUAUUGGCCAGCCGUUGUCGCGUCGGCAAAAGAGUUGGGAUAUUUUGGAUCAAUCAGCUUUACAGUUUGCGCGACAACACAAAGUACCCACACUUCAGAAUGCGCGAGUAUUAUUCAAAACUCAACGCUCAUUUUCGGUACCAACCACAAAGGAUCCGAAUAAUGCUAGCGGCAUCGAAGAACGUCAGGAACGCGGUUCACGCUCGUCAGUGUCAAAUGAAUCAAAUGUCUUGCUCGAUCCUGAGGUGCUGCCCGAUCUGUCUAUACAAGCACUAGUUUUAACUGUACUGGCGACCCUCGUCAAAUACUCAUCAGAUGAGGGCGAAACGCGCGUGCUUUAUCAGUAUUUGGCCGAGGGAUCGGUCGUUUUUCCCAAAGUCUUUCCAGUCAUUCAUUCAUUACUGGAUCAGAAGAUCAAUAAUAUACUGUCAGUGUCACAUGAUCAAGUUGUGCUGAAUUCAGUGCAGAAUAUCAUACAGAACAUGCUGGCCAGCGAGGAUCCCUCACAGCAACAACUACAUUUUCUGCAGAGUUGCGGCUUCGGUGGACUUUGGCGUUUUGCUGGUCCCUUCACAAAGUAUAAUAUGAUGGGUGAGUCGUCGGAGUUGUUUGUGAACUGCUUGGAGGCUAUGGUGGAAACAUGUUUGCCAGGCGAUGAAUCAGCUCCAGUGCCACCCUCUCCACGUCCCUAUAAUUUGAGUUCCAGCUUGAGCAGCUUAACGCUUGGCUCACCCACUGACAAAGCUGCAUGAAUAACAACAACAAACCCACGCACUAGACGUACCACAUUAAUCGCAAAAGUUAUGCGUUUUUUUAAUCUGUUUAAAAAAUGUUUCUGAACCCAAAACCAAAACCACAAAAUGUACAAAACCAUAAAACAAAACGAUAAGUGUAAUGAAAAUAUUGUAUAUGUAUGUCCAUAUGUAUAUAAGCAGAUCGCAACAGCUGGUUAAGCGAGAGAACCCCCACGAAUACUACAAAUAUAGAAAGAUAAUAAAGAUAUAUAUAUAUAUAAUUAUACAACAUAUUAUAUUUUGGCAGAAAUACGAAAAGAUGAAAAACAAUUUUAAAACGAUUAUCAAUUCGAUGUAUGUAGUUUUUAUUAAUACAAGUAUGAAACAUUAUUAUGUAGUUUAAAUAAUAAAUAAGCACGUAAACCUACUCACACCAGUUCCUGAGAUGACCAUGGCCGUGGCAGGUCGUAACGGCACCAUUUGUACCAGAAUUGAUUAAAUAACUACAUUAACAACAAACACCAGAAGCUUUAAGAUAUCGGCACGCGAAUGCGGCCUUUUAAUUAUUUUGUAUUAUACGAGAAUCUCCCGCUGCAACUAACAAAUUUCGUAAUUAAUGGCAUUUAUUUAAUAUUUUUUUCUUUCUUAAGCUCAUCUUCCAUUUCAAUUUUUACUUAAUUUAUUUCAUGAACAUGCAUUUUUUUAUAUAUUUAUUUUUGUAUUAAUAAAAAUUGUUAAAACACCAAAAGCCCUUUUACAAUUAAGCAAACCAAACCCAGUCCGCUUUUAAUGCAAACUUAGUUUUAAGCCAACGAAAAGAAAGAACAACAUUUUAGAGAUCGUAAAUCGAAAUAGUUUUAACGAAUCGAACGUUAUACUUACAUUUGUACCUCUUAUUAAACAGUUUAGUAAAAUGAUGAAGCGCAACAAUUAAGUCCGUUAUCUUCCUUUUCUUAUAAGCCAAAACUAGCACAAGAAAAUUUACUUAUUGACAAAAGCAACUAAUAAAUUUUAAAUCAAACUUAACUAGAGCGAAAAACUAUUUAAUAUACGAGUAUACAAUAUGGAUGUAUAACAAAAACGAAAUUGGAAAAUGUUAAAAUACGUUUGCAGUAUAAGUAAUUGUGCUAUAAAUGUAUGUGUUGCUAUAUGUGUAUGUAUUUCAAAUCGAAACUUAUAUAUUGUAAUAUUUUACAAAAACGAUGGAACAAAAACAUUUGCACAUCUAAAUGAUAUUUACGAAAUGUUUAUGUUUCCAAUCUAGUAUCAAUGUACAAUUACAAUGUCGAUCAAAUUAAUUUACUCUCAAUAAAAUGU